GUGGUCGUGCAACUUGGAGAGCUCUUCUGAAAACAAGUUUGUUUAGUUAAACUUCUGCUUUGUAUUUGUAAGUUUUAAACACGUUAUUGCUGCACAAACAAAUGCUUUCAGUUGGAAAAAAAAACAAAUUGUAAAAGCUGAAUUUCCGGGCUCGACUCAAACAAUAAAUGUGAUUUGAAUUUAUCAUGCUGCGCCUAACUUAAAAAAAAUUCUUACGCGCAGCAACUUUUCCAACGACUGUUUUCUGCUGAAUUUACUCGUUGCUCACCUAAAAACUGCACAUUAGAUCCAUAUAAGGAAAAGGAAAGCCUCAAUUUCGGCCAAAAGGGGCAAACUAACCGCCGAUGACCGUUUGAACUGUUGGGCGUAAACGUGCCCAGUCGGGACACUGCGCACUUUGAAUGCGGUGAACUGAAGACGGCGCUGCAGUUUGGUGUUAACAGGUGGACAUUACAGGUACGUUAAGGUGUGCACGUGGAAACAUAAUGGGUCUCUUGUUAAAGUUGAGUUGGCGUAAUUGCACAUUGCAGGCACUUUGGGCUGUUUUGUCAAAGGCCGCUAAAAAAAAAUACAACCGAAAACCUAAUUUCAUGCUAGCUGCAAACGAACGGCUAACGUUAGCCGUUAGCCCACGGCCACGUUGUCCGUCCGACAGCCAAUUUAACGGCACAUGUCUGUAGUUUCUUUUGAGUUUAGAGUCCGAUUAUAAAUCUCCCAACGUUUCACGCGUCGCAGACAAAUACGACAAUUCGAGGAAAACGUGAAUUUAUCAAUGUGCCGCUUGAGAGUCUGAAAUCCCGGCAGAAAGAGUCAAUAUGACUAACCUGGCUGGCCAGAUCGUGUUUUGUUUUGCCAGUUUGAAGAGCAGCUGCGUUUUUGACAGACGAAACUGUUGUGGAAUUUCUGCUUUUUCUAAUACAGUAAAUAAGCAUGUUUAUCGUGUCUAGUAAAUGUGAAUCAACAUAACAUCUACCAAGCAGGGAUGGAUCCGUGGUUGAAUAUAUUUGUAUACAUAUCUUCUUUUUAACUCGUCUAACCCUACUGAUUGGUCUGUCAGUUUCUAUUUCCCUGUGAAUUUAACCAGGAUGUCGGACAGUGAAUUCAUCAAGAAGAUGCUGCGGUCUGUACUUCAGUCCAGCAAGGCCGGUGUGUCCAUGAGUGACCUCCAGUCCGAUUACCGGUCACUGUGCGGAGAGCGCAUCCCGCUGCAGGCACUGGGUUUCUCGAAACUGGAGGACUAUCUCAAGAGCAUCCCCUCUGUGGUACGCCUGCAGCAGCUCCACAUGGGUGAUAUAAAAUGCUUUGCCGGAGUGUGUAAGGAGACGGCUAACAUUGCUGAGCUGGUGGCCAACCAGAAGAGCUCCAAGAAGUCUGGUCGCUCUCAAGUCGUCAACUGCAAAAUGAGAUUCAAACCUUCCAACCCAUACAUGCUCAAUGUGAGGCCAAGGUCCUCUCUCCGCCAACCUUCAGCAACUGGUGACUUUAACUGGAAAGCAAACCAUUUUAAGUCUAAUGACGGCUCAAGAGGCUUCAGCGCCUCCGGAGACUACAGGCAGUCGGACCAGAAGUUUAGCGUUGUCACUCCUGUCCAGCACAGACAACCAGCUCCUGAACCAGCUCCUCAAUCAGCUCCUCAACCAGCUGUACAACAGUAUUUCAUGCCUGACAGGAUAAAGAAGAACUCUGCAAACUGUCCGAGGCCCAGAGAAACUGUCACAGAGAAGCCUCCUGAACAAGUCGCCGGACUCGACCAAUUCCAACAGUCUUGUCUGUAUGACGUGGAGCUGGUGCAGAGCAGAAUAAAUCUGGUCCUGAAGAAACACUGCAGUGGAUUCUGGAUGUCGAAACUACCCGGUGUCUACAGUGAAAUGUUCAAUGAGACGCUCCACCCUCAGGUGCUCAUUGAUCUGAAAAAGUGGACACACAUCAUUCUGGUGGAGAAACCUCCUUCCACCAACCGAGCUGACCGCCUAAUCUACCCUCCUCUGCCUCCUAAACAGAGUAUUGUUCCUCGAAGAAGCACCACCAACAUGCCUCCAACAUCACCCACUGAUUCAACCACCACACCCAUUUCUUCACACCCCUCAACUCAUGUCCAACCUUCCUCCCCCUCCCUUCCUUUUUCGUUCCCCAAACCUAGAGUUCCCCACCAAGCCCCCUUUGCUAAACCAACCUUCCUUUUUCCUCCGCAACCUGAUGCUGCCUCUUCCAGCAAACCGAUAAAUUCAGUUACACUCCGCAGCCCUGCCCGCAACCCAGCUCUUGCUCCACAGCUGCCCUCCUGUGUUAAUCUGGCCCUCAAUUCCAGUGGUCAAUUUAAACUAAAUCCAAACAUGCCGACCACUGCCCCGAAUCACAAUCAAAACUCUUUAGCUCACUUGACUUGCCCUGCAUCAACCAGCGCUCCUUCAUUGGCUUCCCCCCUACAACCUGCCUCUGGAAUCUUACCAUUUCUUACGGUCACCUUCUCCCCUACAUUUGAUUCUAUCCCUUGUCCUCCCUCAACAUCCUCCGCUGUUGUGUCAGCUGAGGUGCGUCAGAGAAUAAAGGAGCUUCUGACCACGUGCAGUCAGGGUCUCUGGGCCCAUGCUUUGCCGAAACUCUUUAUGGAUACAUACAAGACGCCAUUCCCCAAUCAUAUUCUGGACAACUUGUCCCUUUUUCCGGAUAUAUUCUCUGUGGAGUACCCCAUUCCACAUGAUAAGAAGAAGGCCAUCCUGUUUAACUUCAUAAGCGCUGACAUGAAAGCCAAACAAAGUCAUGUCGGCCAGCCGUGCAGAAGCCCUCGCCUUCCCUCUGGUCUGGAGGUCCUGGGUCCCGUGGUGCCUCCCUGUCUGGUUCUUCCCUCUGAACAGUAUCCCUCUGUUCUGGUUGCGAAUGCCAAGAGAAGCAAUGCAGUUAUUUUAAGGUAUGUCGGUGAGAAAUACUCGAACGCCCAGGAAGCCAUGGAGAGGGCCAUGCACACUUUCUACAGCCAAAGCGCCACCCACCGUCCUCUUUCUAAGCCUGUGGUUGGUCAGCUGGUAACAGUCAGAGGGCAAGAUGGAGAGGAGCUAUCAAGAGCUCAAGUACUAGGUGUUAUGGCCCAUAACACGGUCAAGGUAUACUAUGUGGACGAUGGUUUCUCUGUGGAAACCAGUGGGAAUAAUCUUCUGGAGCUGCACCAGGACUUCCUCUCUCUGCCUUUCCAGGCUAUUAGUGUUGGACUUGCAGGUCUAGAGGCGUUCAGCUCUGAUCCGCUGGUGCUGUCUGCUCUGGAAAAGUUGGCAGUCGGAAAGAUCCUGCUGAUGGAGACAAUAGCGUCGUGUCAGCAGAAUGAGACGCCUGUUGCAGUUCUGUACGACACUUCGCAGGAUUGUGACAUCAACAUCAACUCCACUUGCCUGAAGGCUCUCCAGGACGUGACCAUGAGCAACCCUCUGACUAUCAAUGCUACCCAUCUGGAUGUGUGUGUCACAAAUGUGUGUGCCGAUGGUCUCAUCUACUGCCAGCUGCCCUGCAGAGGAACGGCAAGACUCGCCAAGCUACUGGAGGAAACGGAAGGUUUCUUCAUCUCCCAGAUGACUUCUGAGUUCCUGGUGUCCAGACCCUUCAUUGGCAAGUUCUGUCUAGCCCGCUACAAAGGAAUGUGGUCCAGAGUCGAGAUCGCCAACAUCUACGGAAACCGAGUGAUUGAGAUCCUCUACAUUGACCUGGGCGUCCCAGCAACAGUAGAGGUCACUGAUCUGCGAGAGAUCCCCCCUAUUUUCCUCAAAGUCUUCACCAUCAUCCCACCACUGGCAAUUAAAUGUCGCCUGGCUGACGUCAGAGUACCGGAGGGAGACUGGAGCCCAGAGGCUGUCCUGUGGCUGAAGAAGGCUGUCAUGGGCUCUGAAGACUGUACAAUGAAGAUCAUGAAAUUGGACCAGCACAAAGGGGGCCGGCUGGUCUACAUGUACCUCUUCAUCGGUGCUCGCAGUCCGGAGAUGGACAAGAGCAUCAACCAUCAGCUGGCCCAGUCAGAGUUGUGGCAGAAAUUAGUUUCUCACAACAGCAGAGGGGAUAUAGGUCUCAGUGCUCUCGUAGAGAAGUUGACUCUGAGCAGCCCGGUCCUGAAUACCAUCCCCACAUCCUCACCCCAACCUCUUCAAGGUGCAGAAGUCUCAUCUACUCCAGAUGUGACGACCAAGCCACUUGCGCUGCCUCCCCCACUGGAGUUGCCCCAGCCUGGCCAGAAUAUGGACGUGUUUGUGCCAGUGGCGUGCCACCCUGGUUACUUUGUGGUGCAGCCAUGGCAGGACCUGCAUAAACUGGUGGUGUUGAUGGGGGAGAUGAUGCUCUAUUAUAACCAGACCAACUCUGCACCAAACAUCCAGAAAGGACAGGUCUACGCCGCCAAAAUAGACAAGAAUUGGCACCGAGUGCAGGUGAAGGGGAUUCUGGCCAACGGGUUGGCUUCUGUGUUUGAGUUGGACUACGGCAAACAUGAGCUGGUCCGAAACACAUUCUUCAGGCCAUUGAUAGAGGAAUUCAGACAGCUGCCCUUCCAGGCCAUCACUACACAACUUGCAGGUAUGACCCAGGCCCAGUGGUCAGAGGAGGCCUCCAUGUUAUUCAGGAACCACGUGGAGAAUCGAGCGCUGGUGGCCCAGGUGGACAGCGUGUCCGAGGUUGCCGCUCAGCUGUGGCGAUGCCGGUUCUCUGUUUACCUGGUGGACACUACGUACGAGGAAAAGGACCUUUGGAUUCACAGCAUGAUGGCAGACAUCAGCAGUGAGCUGUCUUCGGCAGUCUAGGAUGUCUUCUCGUGCAAGUCGGUAAAUGAAUCGGCAACAUCGUUUUCAUUUUGUAAAAAUGGUGAACGUUGGACGCCAAACGUCACUUUCUCUGCCCUUGGAUUAUUCUCUCUCCCAAGGAAGGCCAUAAAGACGCCCUUUUUUUCCAUUUCAUUUUCUGGGGGUCAUAGAAAUAAAAGUUUUUUUGUCAAGUUAAUUUGCUUUCUUUAUUAAUGAGGAAUAAAGAAUACCCUACGCUUCAAAUGUUGCUCUUUCCAGUCUUCGUUGUUAAACGAACGGAAUUCUUUAUUCAUCAAAACGUUUAAGUUAAGCCACCUGUGUGUUUCAUGCUUUGUUGUUAUUUUUUACUACUCUCUUCUCCCAUCUAAUGUGCUUUUCGUUUGCUGUGCAUUAUGCAUGCUAUGGUGUGGCUCAUAAUGCACUUCAUUUUAUGUAUGUAUGUUUUUACAUGAAUACAAUUUGUAUUACUUACUGCAUUGCGGUAGUAUGUGAAAACAUUGUUUAAACUUCACUGAACAUCUUUUUUGAUAACUCAAUGUUUUUUGGCUAAAUGAAUAUGUUGUAAUAUUUGGAGUGUUUCAACAUGAAAAGCUGUUCACAAGGUUUUGUUCAAUUAAAGUUAUUAAACCAUGAAGUCA